AUGGUGAAACCGCGUAGCAACAAAGCUGGCAAGAAGUUGGAGGGAGGUGACCACGGAAAGGAGACGGAGACAAAUGUUCCUGACGUACCUGUGCCAGAUGCUGCUGACAAGAGCCGGGCCAUCUCCCCAGCGACGCCUGCUGUGCUUGGCCCUUUUGAAGACCUGCUUGAUCUGCAAAACAAGGCGGAAAAUGCUGCUGGUACUAGUGAUGGCGUCGCUGUUGACGAGGCGACUUCUGGAGGACAAGAUCAAGUCCCGGUGAAAGAAGGAUCUACUCACACGGACAAUAAGGAUGAUGAAGAAGAAGACUUGUCUGAUCCGGUCCCGGAGGAGGAAGACGAUGGAUAUCUGAUAACCUUGCUAGUGCCGAUCCUCAGGAAAACGGAAGUCAAGCGCGUUGCUGUUACGAUAGCUGCGUUGUUGGACGACUGGAAGGACCAGUUAACUCCGGAUGUGCUGCAGACCACGACCUAA